AUGAAGUGGUUACUGUUGAUUUUGUUCAUCGCGCCAACUGUAUACGAAAUCAGAGUUGCAGGUAGUGUAAUAAAAAAAAAAGUCGACGAACAACUGAAAACGUAUUUUGAAAAUGCACCACAAAAUGUGUUUGCGUCCUCAGGCCAAAACGUCUUACUGCCAUGCCGGGUGAGGCAUUUAAACGAUAAAGUGGUUUUGUCAUGGAUUAGAAUGCGUGACUUACAUAUACUUACUUCUGGACCACAUUUGUUUACUAACGAUGGCCGGUUUGGGAUUCAACAUCCUCUUAGAGAUUCAGCUAUUUGGAAUUUGCAGAUCAAAGAUGUAUCUCCUAAAGACAUGGGUUCUUAUGAAUGCCAAGUAAACACUGAGCCAAAAAUUAAGUUCCUGGUCAAUCUCACAGUUUUUGAGUCUGACGUCAUGAUCGGUGAUAUGGGAGAAGCCAGUUUUAACGAUGGCGAACAACAGUCAGAUACCGUCGACCAGCAGCAGAAGACAUCCAACUACGAGCCGCUAGAGAGGCGAAUGACGCCUGGAGGAUCGAUAACGUUCACCUGUAGGAUCGGAUUGAUCGACCAGGGCCGACAGAGCAUACUUUGGUAUCACGACGACAAGCUCAUUUCGAUAUUGGACCGUAGAGGCAGUUUGAGUGUGGAGACGGACAGAUCGUCGAAUUUUUUCGCCAGUCGACUUACACUUGCUAGUGUUACUAGAUCUGACUCUGGAAAGUACACUUGCAAGUCUGGCAAUACGAAUUCUACUACAUUUACACUACAUGUUAUAUCACCAGCGAACGGUUUAGCUUUGCAAGAUGGUUUGAAAUCAAAAGGAUCACGUAAUUACCAACACGAUUAUGUUAUAUCAAUGAUCAUAUUUAAUUUCAUUGCAUGCUCAAUAUUUGUUUUUAAAUUGCCUCAAUGA